AUGAAUUCUAGCUAGGAUACUAACUUAUACCAAAAUGACUCAGAUUAACAAGUAAGAGUUAAUAAUAAGGACGAUAAAUAAAGAAUCUAUGAAGAUUAAUUAAGACUAUUUAAUGAAAAACUUCAUCAAAUUUCGCAGACAAAUUAAUACCUGAAUAAAAAGCUACAAAGCUAGGUUGAAUAGCUUUAAUUUUAAAAUGAUUAACUCCUUGAUGAGAUUCAUAAAUUAAAGUAAAAAAGCAGAUAAAAAAGAAAUUAUCCUAAUAAAGAUGCUAAUUAAACUCGCUCAAAGGAUGUUAAUUAAUUCAGGUUAAAAGAAAAUGUGGAAUUAAAACACAACAAUAGUAUGAUUAAUUCUGUUGACCCUUAUCACGAGUUAGAAAGAAAAAUAAGUUUGAAAUGUAGAUAAAAUUCAGUUUAGUUUUAGAACGAAUCUAAUUUGAAGAAUCAUAAUCUUUCUUAAACUCUUGGAACUUUUUCCUCAAAUAACUAAUCGAGCUAAUCUAAUAAAUAUAUUAAGCCUCUAAAUUUUCAAACACCCUAGAAAGCUUCUUCGAAGUCACAUCAUAAUAGUUGCCUAGUCUCUAAUGAGAAGUCAAAUUCACUCACAAGACCUAUUUUUUAUUUAGACUUCUCUAGACUCCAAGAACUCAAUCAAACUACUUAAACAUAGAAAAAGCCCUUCUCAAUUGAUAAUUAUCCUUUAGAAAUUAAGAAUGCAGAUAAAACCUAAAACAGAACUUCCAAACUAAAUUAAAGAUACAAUUAGGAUGAUUAUGAAGAUGAAGAUGAUAAGGUCUCAGAAAAAUUCUUUGACGCUCUUAACACCACAUAAAUAUGCAUUGAAGAUAAAAUUUAAAGUUUUCUUAUAGGUUAAAAACAUGACUCUGAAUUAAGAAAUCUAGCAUAAAAGCAAAGCCAAAAUCAAAGAUAAUCACUCUUAAACAUUACUAAUUACAAAGGUAUAUCUUAGAAUAUUUAUGAAGAUAUAAUACCUUCUAAAAAUCCAUUUUCACGACAGUAGAAUCACUGUAGAAAUAAUAGUAUUUUAUGA